AUGAACUCGAAGCUCUUCGCCACGGGCUUCAACGCCUGGUCCCAGCUCUCGCUGGGACGACGUUCAUCGAGUCCGGAAGACGAAGCCGAGGACAUCUUUACAUUCCGCAAGGUCCUCGAGGGCGGAAACCUAGACGUCCCAACAAGCAAGCUAACGUACACCAUAGUCCCCCAAGGCACCGAGCUUCGCAGAGCAGGUACCGGCUACCCCCAUGACGACCAGCAGCUUCGCGUCUCCCUGGACGAAGUCGAGAACGCCCUGGGUGAGACCCUCGCCAUCGAUCGGGGCGACACCCUUCACAUACGCAAGUGUCCCUCGCCAGACGACGCCUCGCAUCAGCAAUCCCGGUUCGUCUGUCCCAGUCCCGUGAGGCAGAUGGCCGCCUGGGACGCAGGAUGGGUUAUCCUCCACGAGGAUGGCAGGGUAGCCACCAUGGGAGACGGCCGGUUCCCAGACUGUCUCGGACGGGAGGUGGCAGCGGAUAGUCCUGCAGAUGCCCCGUGUAUCGUGACGGAUCUGAGCGAUCUGGGGGAGCCCAUCAGUCGCGUAGCAGCGGGCGGGUACACGAGUGCCGCGCUAACCGUGUCGGGCGGCCUGUACGCGUGGGGGAUGCCAUCUCCGGGGACGACGCAUCGUCGGCAGCAGGCCAUCGGGGGGCUCAGCGGCGUCCCCAACUACGUCGGUGUUGGUGACGAUUGCGACGUCCAGGACGUGGCACUGGGUGAGUCGCACGCUAUUGCCCUGACCGCCGAGGGGGACGUCUACGUCAUUGGCGGAAACGAGAAUGGCCAGCUCGGGCUGGGGAUGCCGUUCACAGAGAGGGCUUCGGAGUGGACAAAGGUGAAUUUGCAGCUCGAGCCGGGUGAGCGACCGGUGCGGGUUGCUGCUGGGGUGAGAACAUCGUUUAUCCUGGUGGCAGGUGAUGGGUAG